CAGAGAGGAGCCUAAACUCUGAGAGGGCGCAGGUCCGCCUUGAGACAACUUUCCACCUUAAAGGCGCGUUUACGGACCAGCACUCUGAGGAAUACAGUCUGUUUUUUUGCCCUCUUGCACACAAUGGAGCAGUGAACUGUUUCUCUUUUCUUCAAAUGGGAAUUAUAUGCGCGCGUGAAACUUUGGCUCACUUUUCUCCUCAGUGAUUGUGAGACGCGCGAAACAUGCCGGAGCGAAUAAGCAUUUCGGACUUCGUGGUCCUGACAAAUGAGGACUUGUCUUCGCCCGGGACUUCAAGUUUUCAGUCUAAAAUGAGCGACUGUCGGAACACAGUUUCAACCGUGGAGGAGUCUCUGGAGAUGGACCUCACAACUCUACAGAGGAUGAAGAAGAUGAUCAAAGCUAUACACACUUCAGGACUCUCUCAUGUGGACAACAAGGAGCAGUAUGUUGAGGUGCUGGAGAAUCUGGGGAAUAGCCACCUAACCCAGGACAACAACGAAGUCUCCACAGGGUUCCUCAACUUGGCUGUGUUCACCAGAGAGGUCACGGCCCUCUUCAAAAAUCUGGUGCAAAACCUCAACAACAUCAUGGCGUUUCCUUUGGAAAAUGUGCUGAAGUCCGAACUCCGGGACAGCAGACUAGAGCUCAAGAAACAGAUGGAGAAAAGUUUGAAGGAGUAUGACAUAAAAAUCGGGAAGCUAGAGAAGGAGAGGAAGGAGAAGACCAGGCAGCUGGGUCUGAUCAGGGCGGAGGGAUCAGAUGGAGGGGAGGACAUGGAGAGAGAGCGGAGGACCUUUCAGCUGCAAAUGUGUGAGUAUCUCUUGAAGAUCCAGGAGCUUAAGGUGCGUCAGGGCCCUGAUCUUCUCCAGAGCCUCAUCAAAUAUUUCCAGGCCCAGCUCAGUUUUUUUCAGGACGGGUUGAAAGCUGCGGAGAAUCUCGCUCCCUUUAUUGAGAAGCUUGCUGCAUCUGUUCACACGGUACGUCUGGACCAAGACGAGGAGGUAAAACAACUCACUCAGUUGAGGGAUUCUCUGAGAUUACUCCUGCAAGUGGAGGGGAAAGAGGAGUAUCUGAACAGGAAGAACUCUGGCAAUGGGUAUAGCAUCCACCAACCACAGGGCAACAAGAAGUACGGGACAGAGAAAUCCGGCUUCCUGCUCAAGAAGAGUGAUGGGAUCAGGAAGGUUUGGCAGAAGAGGAAGUGCGGAGUGAAAUUUGGCUGCCUUACCAUUUCCCACAGUACGAUCAACCGACCACCAGCCAAGUUGAACCUACUGACCUGUCAGGUGCGACCGAACCCAGAGGACAGGAGGACCUUUGACCUGGUCACUCAUAAUCGGACAUACCAUUUCCAAGCAGAAGACGAGCAGGAAUGUAUUAUUUGGGUGUCAGUGCUCCAGAACAGUAAGGAGGAGGCCCUGAACACAGCACUGGUUGGAGAUCAACUCCAGGUCCAGGACAGCGGGCUCCAGGAACUCUCCCGAGCCAUCAUCGCAGAGCUUCGACACAUGCCUGGCAACGAGGCCUGUGCCGACUGUGGAGCACCAGAUCCAACAUGGCUGUCGACCAAUCUGGGCAUCCUGACCUGUAUAGAGUGCUCUGGCAUCCACAGAGAGCUGGGUGUUCAUUACUCCAGGAUCCAGUCGCUCACUCUGGACCUGCUGAGCACCUCUGAGCUUUUGUUGGCCGUCAGUAUUGGCAACACCAGAUUCAAUGACAUCAUGGAGGCGGGCCUUCCAAAUGACUCUGUCAAACCACUGCCACAAAGUGACAUGAAUGCCAGAAAGGAGUACAUUGUGUCGAAGUAUGCUGAGCGUCGUUAUGUGCUGCGUAGAGAAGAAGCAGACCCUGGGAGGCUGUAUGAUGCCGUGAAGAGCCGUGACCUCACUUCUCUUCUACAGCUCUACGCUGAGGGAGUGGACCUUUCCAAACCCCUCACACUGCCUGAUGGACAGGGGAUCAAAGAGACAGCUCUCCAUGUUGCUGUGCGUCAGGAGGAAAGAAGCUCUCUGGCGCUGGUGGACUUCCUCUGCCAGAACAGCAACUGUCUGGAGAAAAGAACAGCAGAAGGAAACACAGCUCUUCACUACAGCGUCCUGCAUCACAAAACCGAGUCUCUAAAGUUACUGCUUAAAGCAAAGGCAGCAUUACACACAGUGAACUCUGCAGGAGAGACGGCCCUUGAUACUGCACGGAGACUGCAGCACGCUCAGUGUGUUGAGCUGUUGGAGCUUGCCCAGAGUGGGAAGUUUAACUCUCAGAUCCACGUGGAGUUCACAUGGGAGACACAUUCUCAGGAGUUUUAUGACAGCGAGGAUGACCUGGAUGAGAGGGUGAGCCCAUUACCCAAAAAACACUCUCCACCGUCCUCCAGUGUAAGUGGUGGAAAUGCCUUCGCUCGCUGGAGUGUAGUAAAUGGUGCCAAUGGUAAUGCGGGAAGCAGGCCUUGUCAGACAUAUGAGAAUCUAGACUUCUUAUACAAAAAUCCCCCAGCCAACAGCGCCCCCUCUGGAGCAUCAAUGCCGCCGCCACUGCCAGCUAAAUCCAUCCAGCGAGGUCGCUCAGACCCCCAGAUUUCGGUCACAACACAGGAAGGCAACCCCCUCCCACGACGCUGCUCUAAUCCAGCCUCACACUCCUCCAGUCCCCACACACAGACGAGACACAGAACUUCUUCACCCAACACAGAAAACCAAGGAGGUAAACCGCCGAGGUCUCCCCACGGACAGGGAGCUCUGCUGCGGGGACAGAGGCAGACCUGGGACGGCCAGCCUGCUGCUAGUUCUGGUUCUCAAGCCAGCGUCACGCCAACUUCCUCUCAGAGUCACAUAGGGCCUGUCAGUUCAGAGAAGACCACAUCGUACCGUCGAACCAGCAGUGGAGGAGGUAACCAGGGGAAGUGCGGUGUGUUGUCUCCGACCUGUGUGGGCAGUCAGGAGGAGCUGUACUGCAGCUUAGUGGGGAAUGGACCAGGCCUCACCCCAGCUCCUGCUCCUGCUCCUGCUCCUGCUCCCGCUCCAGCGGCGCCAUCCUCACCUGCAGUGACCUGUGCCCCACGACCCCGCAGGAAUGCUAUGGUGUCUGGCAGCAGGCCACAUCAGAAGCGUGUCAAGGCUUUAGUGGACUGCAGAGCAGUCAGUUCAGAGCAGCUUGCCUUUUUCAAAGAUGAGAUCAUUGUGGUCACGGCCACUAAUGACCUCCACUGGUGGGUUGGGCACAUAGAGGGGGACCCAUCCAGGACUGGGACCUUUCCUGUCAACUAUGUACACAAACUAACUGACUGAAUGGACAUGGAAAUAUGGAAGAACUGUGUGCUAACACAUCAAAGGAACUGAACCAGCAUUGGAUGCUUACUGGAGACUUAUCGUCGUCAGACAGACUGGAUUUUAUUUACAGGAGAGGACAUUAUCCUGGAUCUAACUCAACCUGGAGGGUUUGAGCAAACUGAGAAUCUUUCCAUGAGGAUAUACUAGCCAAGAGAGACCUGAGGAUAUAAAUGGUACAGUUUUACAAUUUUAACAUUUACUCGUUCUGGAAACCAACAAGGGAACUGAAGCCUUUUAGAGCCCCAUAAAACCCCUUUUUCAAGGACAGUGUUUCCCCCUAUGUUGUUGUAGCCUUGUUUUUUUAGCUGCAGUUGUCCCUUUAACUUUUAAUGAUGCACAAAAUUUUGCAGAUGUUUAAAUUGUCUAAAUUGAUGAUCUAGGACUUUUAACUAUUGGCGCGACGUACUUGCAGGGCAAAAACCCUUUAGGGCACUUUAAACUCAUUAAGAAGAAAUCUUCGAAAGAGUUGGCAGAGCUGUAAAUAUAUACCCCGCCAGCUGCUGUGAAUGAAGAUCUAGCUUCUUUUUGGUCUGAACGUAAACGGUUCAGUCUCUAAAAUCACAGUAUACUGAGACCUGGACUUGAGGUUCGUACCUGCCCAGUGUCAGUUGCAGCCCGCCCUGGGACUCUGUGCUUGCCAGUCUGUCUCCACCAAAAUGGCAAGCCUCUGGGCAAAGAUGUGAAACUUUAGCUCAGCCAUCUUGAUUCUGGGCACAGCUCACUGGCUGCUAGGAGAGAUCCAAUUUCCUCUGGCUCCAGGCAUCUGUCUCUGGAGAAAAAGGAAUAACGACGGUGUGUUAUAAAAAAGAGAAAAGACUCUCACUAUUCUUCCAGGAAAUAGCACUUAAAGAGAGCUUGUUAGUAACAGCACCCCACUGCAGUCAUUUGUGUAGUGAACACACACACUUACGGUUGGCACGUGUGCAUCACACAAGAUAUACACAAGCACAUCGCAUCUGAGAUUUAGGAACCUUUAGGACUUAACGGAACUGCUCCACUUUUUGUACUAGUAACGCAUUUUACAGCUAUUACACAUAGUUUGUUGUACAUACUAAAAAUAUCCGCUGAUGUACAGUAUAUAUCACCUGUUUUCUCAGCCGUUAUGCAUUACAAAAGGAUUGUUUAUUACAGAUAGUGUUACUUCAUUUUGGUAAUUUGAAGUCCUUUGAUUUAAUGUUGUUUGUCCUCUGUUCUUUGUCAUUAGUUGUCUAAACGGCUGUCAGACAGAAAAAAAAACGAAAGGGACCAGACAGUUGCUUAAUCAGUGUAAAGAGAGGAUCUUGUCUCAGCAAACUGCAAACAAACACCGACAGUAAUGGGUAAAGGUGGGCAGGAAGCAGGUGUUCGCUUCUUUUUAAUCAUUGAACAAACAACUCUGUUUGCUUGGUACUGUUUCUGACGCUAUUGUGUUGUUACAGUGUUGAAAAUUAAGCAAACAAAUCAUGAGACAAGCAUGUUAUCAGAUAAUUGUGAAGCAGGGGGUGAUUGCAUUUAAGUACAAAUGUAAGUAGAAAUUGUCAAAUUUAAACAAUAGUACAUUAACUCAUUUUAGUCGGUAUAUUUGUAAAUACAUAUAAAACAUGUUCAAUAAAGUGCCGUACACUCUUUUAUAGUGUAAA